AACCAGAGAGUGGGAGAGAGAGAGCAAGAAGUGUGAUGCUCGUGUGGUAAUUGAGAGAGAUAUUUUUUUUUUAUCAAAAUUUCAUCAUCUCUCCCAAUGAUCUCCAAACACUGAUCCAGCCAUUCAGGUAUUGAAUCAAGUGGUGUGUUUUGUGUGUAUAUAUUUUAUAAUUAAAUGAAUAGAAAAAUAAUAAAAUUUAGAAUAAUUUUUUUUAUCAACAAAACUUUAUAUAUUUGAUGAUAGUGUGUGUUGUGCUUAAAUUAAUAAUUUAAUAAGAAUAUUUAAUUAUGAUUAAGAUUGAUCAUAAUACAAAUGACGAUGACAGUGUUAAUAAAUUAUUUAAACUGUCAACGAUAACAAAAAUAAUUGAGGCAAAAACAAGGGGCCAGGAUAAGGAUAAUAACAUGACGACAACUGGAAGAAGACCAUUUUUUAUACCUUUCUUUAGUCAUUUUAAAUAUGAGCCUUUUGUUGCUGGAAUAUCUGGAGGUGUUGUAUCAACACUCAUGCUGCAUCCUCUGGACCUCAUGAAAAUUAGAUUUGCAGUUAAUGAUGGACUCACAAAAACAGCACCACAAUAUUCAAGUUUAACAAAUGCUGUUAAAGACAUAGUUAGAACAGAAGGAAUAAGAGGACUUUAUCGUGGUGUUGUAACAAAUGUAUUAGGUUCUGGUAGUUCAUGGGGUUUUUAUUUUUUUUUUUAUGAAAGUAUGAAAGCAUGGAUACAAGAUGGUGAUCCUAGUAAAUCAUUAUCACCAACAUUACAUUUACUUGCUGCUGCUGAUGCUGGUUUAUUAUCAUUAUUAUUAACAAAUCCAUUGUGGGUUGUUAAAACUCGUUUAUGUUUACAAUAUGCAAAUGAUGUUAAUAUAUCAGAAUCUAAACGAUAUUCUGGAAUGAAUGAUGCAUUUCGUAAAAUUUGGAGAACUGAGGGUAUCAGAGGAUUGUACAAAGGCAUUGUACCAGGUAUGUUUGGUGUUUCACAUGGUGCAAUUCAAUUUAUGAUAUAUGAAGAAAUGAAAAAGGGAUAUAAUGUUUAUAAAGAUAAACCAUUUAAUACAAAACCUGAAUUUUUGGAAAAUAUUGGUUUAGCAGCAUCAUCAAAAUUCAUAGCUGCUGCAUCAACAUAUCCAUAUCAAGUUGUUAGAGCACGUUUACAAGAUCAUCAUCAUGAUUAUCGUGGAACUUGGCAUUGUGUACAAUCAACAUUUAGGGGUGAAGGUUGGCGUGGAUUUUACAAGGGUUUGAGUGUCAACUUGGUGAAAGUUAUACCAACAACUGUAAUAUGUUUUGUCACCUACGAGAACGUUUCCCAUUUUCUUAAGAUCAAGGACAACAACAAAAAUGAUCAAUGAUUUACAUCCAUCAAUUAUACAAUGACUGUUAAACACGUGGAAAAUGAUUGAGGAUAAAUAAAUUCGUUUAUUUGAAGAUGUUGUAAAUUUUUCACUCGGAUAUUUUUAUUUAUUGUAAAAUAUAUUUAUCAAGGAUUUAUCAGCGAAAUAUACUUAAUGCAUUUCAUCAAAAUUUUCAAUCAUCAAGACUGAAUUUUCUUUUAUUUAAACAAAAAGAAAACACGAGCUAGCUUUGUUCAAAUUUUAGGGUUUUUAAUUAUUUUUUUUUUCUUCAUUUGGUUAAUUAAUUAUUGUUUCAUUGAUUUUUUUUUUUUGGAUUACUUAUCAUGUUCUGAUUGAUGAACAGAUGAUUUUUUUUUUUUUCUUUUUUCAUUGUGUUAAAAGAGAUUGAUUAAUUACGCUGGCGUGAUUGUUCCAAUUUUGAUUAUGUUUGUUAAUUAUUUAACAAUAAUCUACAUUAUUAACAAUUAAAAAUAAUCAAAAUUAAUUGUUAUUUUUGUUAUGGAGAAAAUGUACAUUUUUUAAAGUUUAAUAAAUGUGAGCUCAAUGUA